UAAAACGUAAAAUUUUUACUUAAAAAUCAAAAUAUAUUGAAAUUUGAUGUCAUAUGUUUAACAUACAAAACAACACUAAAUUUGAAACGUAGUUUUUGAGCUCAAAACAACAUCCUUAGUAAAUUUGCAGUGAACCUAAAAAUUGUGACAAUAUCUUGAAAAAUGUCUGCAUACGCUGAAAAAUUCCAAGAUUCAAAUUGUAAGGAACUUCCAACAUCGAAUGGAUUUUCAAAUUGGCUUACAUCGACCUUUCAAUUACCAUUAAAUGCUUCAACAUGGUUAGCACAAAUUGUUUUACUUAUGCUUACGUGGUAUACGAUGAAAUUUACCUUUCGAUUGAUUAUGUCAAUUCUAUGGCCAUUGGUCAUUAUAUCAACAGUUUUGGUGAUAUUUCAUUCAAUCCAACACAAUACUGAAACUCUUGGCCUGGAUUCUUACAUCUGCGAAAAAAUGGCCGACUUAUGUAAUUUGGUGGUGAGGACCAGUGUUAGGAUUCUUAGACUAUUUACUCAUUCAUAAAAGAAGAACUACUGGAUGUAUAAAAUCAUCUGAACAACCUUUUAAUUUGGCAGUUCGUUUGGUGGAAGUUCUUACGUUAGUAACAAUUUUAGGUAUUUUGACGGGAUUUUCAUUGUUUAUUGUACUAGUGGACAGAAUUUUAUUCUUAUCACUUUAUUUACUUUGG